AUUGACACAUAACGGCACAAACAAAAAGUUGCUGAAACUACACCCUUUCCGUUUUCUCCUCUUCCUCCUCCAAAACAUGCAACCUUAAGAAAUGUCCACGCAUUGUCUAUUUAACGAAACCAAACUCCCAAUUUUAGUAUUUUUUUGCAACUACUUACACUAUUAGUUAAUAAUUAUGGGUGUGGGAGGCAAAUUCUGGGAUUUACUGAAACCCUACGCGCGACAUGAAGGACCCGAUUUCUUGAGAGAAAAGCGGGUCGCAGUGGAUCUUUCUUAUUGGAUUGUCCAACAUGAAACAGCUAUCAAGGCAACCCAUGUUCGGAAACCUCAUCUUCGUCUCAUUUUCUUCCGUACUAUCAAUCUCUUCUCCAAGUUUGGAGCGCUUCCCGUAUUUGUUGUUGAUGGGACUCCGUCGCCAUUGAAGUCUAAAGCAAGGAUAGCGAGGUUUUUUCGGUUUUCGGGGGUUGAUGUUUCGGGUUUGCCAGUGGCUGAAGGUGUGUCGGCGGAGAGGAACAAGACUUUUCUCAAAUGCGUUCAAGAGUGUGUGGAACUGCUUGAACUGUUUGGGAUGCCUGUUUUAAAGGCCAAUGGUGAAGCUGAAGCACUGUGUGCUCAGUUAAAUGCUGAAGGCCUCGUGGAUGCGUGUAUUACAGCUGAUAGUGAUGCUUUCCUUUUUGGGGCUAAGUGUGUGAUAAAAUGCGUCAAGCCUAAUACCAAAGAACCAUUUGAAUGCUACCAUAUAUCAGAUGUUGAAGCUGGUCUUGGGUUGAAGAGGAAACACUUGAUAGCCAUUUCCCUCUUGGUUGGCAAUGAUCAUGAUCUUAAUGGUGUGCAAGGGAUUGGGCUUGAGAAGGCUCUUCGUUUUGUCCAAAGUUUCAGUGAAGAUGAGAUAUUGAAUCAGUUACAUGAAAUCAGCAACGGGAACUCUCCUUCACUUCAAAUUGUUUCAAAAGUUGUAGAUGAAAUAAUUCUUUGUCCAGAUGAAAGCCCAGCAAGGUCGAAAACUUCUCAUUGCUCCUUCUGUGGGCAUCCAGGCAGCAAAAGAGCACAUUUCAAGUCAUCUUGUGAAUAUUGUGGGACUAGUACCAGUCAGGGUUGCACAAGAAAGGCAGAGGGUUUUAAGUGUAAUUGCUCCUCCUGUAAUAAGGAUCGAAAAGAAAAGGAGCAGCAAAAGCAUGAAAAUUGGCACAUAAAAGUUUGCAACAAGAUAUCCACGGAGCCAAACUUUCCAAAUGAUGAUAUUAUUCGAAUGUAUUUGUGCAACAAACAUGGAAACUUUACUGGUAUUGGCAGCAUGAUGAGGAUUGCAUCUGGCGAUGGCUUGUGUGUAUCAUGGAGAUGCCCAGACACUGAAAUACUAGUUGAUUUCUUGGAUUUUCAUCAGCAUUGGGAACCAUCUUAUGUUCGACAGAGAAUGCUUCCCAUGUUGUCCACCAUAUAUUUGAGAGAAAUGGCUGUCAAGCCUGAGAAAACUAUGUUGUAUGGGCAGUAUGUAUUUGAUUCUAUUCAGCGUGUGAAAAUAAGAUAUGGAUACCAAUCUUAUGUGAUCAGGUGGAGAAAAGUGACAAGUACAGCAGGCAGUAUUGUCCGUACCAACUCUGUUGAAGAGUCUGACAAGCCUCAAGAAGAGAUCGUUGAAAUUGAUGAAUUCAUUGAUCAUUUGGAUGAGGAUACUGCCCCCCAGAUUCAUAUUGAUGAUGAGUGUUGCUUCCUGUUGACAGAUGAAAAUAUGGAGCUUAUUCGUGGUGCUUUUCCAGAAGAAGUUGAAAGAUUUUGGCAUGAGAAGGAACUGAAAGCAUCGAAAAGAAGAAAGGGUUCAGGCUUUAAAAAUGAAGGGUCCAGUGAAAAGUCAGAAUCACCAAAGUCAAAACGUGUCCAACUUAGAUUAACAGAAUUUUACCGCUCUGCUAAGGUAGCAGCAAUUCACGCAAAACAAGGAGAUCUAGCCAAUAAUUCUGAAAAUCAAGAGGAUGGGCCAUCAAAAGGGAAGAACAAGGUUUCAAGUUCAAACCUUCCAAAGUCUGUGAGACGCCGCCUUCUGUUUGAGUAGGACAUUUACAGACUUUAGAUAUGAAGAUGUAAAUAAACUUUUAGCUUCAGGACCAUUAUUGUGGAUAAGUGGAGUUUUUUUGUACGUGAAAGAAAAGUACACUUUUUUGUGAAUUGUAGAGAAGCCAGCCUUUUCUCUUUGUUGAAAA